CACUAGCUCCACUCUCUGUAGUUUUAAACCUUUAACUAAGGUUUGAAGCUCUAUUGCUCACGGUUCAGGGCAAUCCGGUCAUCCCGGUUGGGACUUUUGAAAUUACACUCACAGUAUUAUAAAUGCCUCUGUCCGCAAAACAAGAAAGACGCGCUACUUUUGCAGAGAAAAGCAUGGGAAACAAUGGAGUUUUAAAAACUGUAUUCUAGGCAUUUUAAAACGUCUCUUGUUCUCUAAAGUUGCACAGCUUUGCAGCAGAAAAACUUUGGAAAAAAGUCGACCAUUAGGGCUAAACAUCCAGCGAUCUCUGCUGUGGCGGUGAUGGAAACCGAGGAGGAGGUAGUGCCGCAUGAGCCGAAGCGGACAGGUGGUGCUGCGCUGCCGCUGCUGCUGGACUACACAGCUGCCUGUUGUCAUGGAGGAGCAAAGAUGGCGGUCCUGGCCUAUAGCCUGGGCAAACGCGAAAUAAAUCAACAUUUUACCAUCAAAAAUGCCAAACUGAUAUCGCUGGCGGCGGUUCUUUUGCUGCUCUGUUUCCACACGGCUUUGCGGCAUUACGGAGGCGGAGACUCGUGUGAAUGGCUGCUGUCCAGAGGACGCUACCUGGGGGACAAUGUAUGGCAGCCUUAUGGCUGUAUGAUGCACAAAUACAAAAGCAUUGAAGCCAAAACUUGCCUUUCCAAGAAACGUGUGGUCUUUGCCGGUGACUCACGAAUCAGGCAGCUCUUUUACUCCUUUGUCAAAAUUAUCAACCCUGAGCGGACAGAAGAUGGAAACAAGCACGAGGACAUCUUCUUUCAAGUUGAGAAGUCUUCUCUUAAUGUGGACUUUCUUUGGUAUCCAGAGGCAAAUAACUCAAUGAAGGAACGCCUGAUGUCAUGGACACAUGAAGCUUCAGCGAGGCCUGAUGUGGUUAUCCUUGGGGCUGCAACAUGGUCUAUCAAGUUGCACAGUGGCAGCAGCGAAGCCCUGCAGCAGUACAAGGUCAACCUGACAGCCAUCGCCGUGCAUCUGGAUAGACUGGCUGAGCAUGCAGAGGUCUACUGGGUCCUGCAAGAUCCGGUAAACGAGAACAUGUUGAGUGAUAACAGGAAGAUGAUCACCAACCAACAACUUGACCUGUACAAUGAAGUGGCGUUGGAGGUGCUUAAGAGCAGCAAGUAUAGCAGGAGGUCUCGGGUCAAGCUGCUGGCAGCGGCCCGUCAGGCUGCUCUGGAAACGAUCAUAAACUCAGACGAUGGUUUACACCUGCCAGAGAGCACCAGGAAUGUGGGAGCUAUGGUUCUCAUGAACUCCCUUUGCAACAAGCAGCUGAGGCCCAUUGAUGGCUCCUGCUGCCAGACGAUCCCACCCCCAAACCUCUUCCAGAAACUGUCAGCCUGUCUCUUCCUGGGCGCAGCCGUCGUCUUCGUGGUCCUCCAUGUCCUCGGCUACAACCGUCAUCGCCGACCCAUCCCCCCCGACGUGGAGAGCCUCGAGGAGAAGAAGCCCGCCGCUGCGGCCGCCCCCCUCGGGCCAAAAGACCCUUUCCAGGCUCUCUGCAGGAUGGGCGUUAUAAUGUUGUACUUCUACCUGUGUGACCGAGCAGAUGUGUUCAUGAAGGAGCAGAAGUUCUACACACACUCGACGUUCUUCAUCCCCCUCAUCUAUAUACUUGUGCUGGGAGUGUUUUACAGUGAGAACAGCAAAGAGGCCAAGUUGCUCAACCGAGAGCAAACAGAUGAAUGGAAAGGCUGGAUGCAGCUCGUCAUCCUUAUCUAUCACAUUUCUGGAGCCAGUGCCUUUGUUCCUGUGUACAUGCAUGUGCGAGUAUUGGUGGCGGCAUACUUGUUUCAGACUGGUUAUGGACACUUUUCCUUUUUCUGGCUCAAAGGAGACUUUGGACUUUAUAGAGUUUGUCAGGUGUUGUUCCGGCUCAACUUUCUUGUGGUGGUACUUUGUGUUGUAAUGGACAGACCAUACCAGUUCUACUACUUCGUCCCCUUGGUGACGGUCUGGUUUGUCAUCAUCUACGCCACAAUGGCUAUGUGGCCUCAGAUCCUUCAAAAGAGGACUAACAGUAGCGGUAUCUGGCAUCUCGGGGUUCUGGCGAAGUUACUGGGCCUGUUGCUGUUUAUCUGCUUCUUUGCCUUCUCACAGAGGUUUUUUGAGAGCGUCUUCUCAGUGUGGCCCAUCUCCAAGCUUUUUGAGCUAGACGGAAGCAUCCACGAGUGGUGGUUCAGAUGGAAGCUGGACCGGUUUGCUGUGAUUCAUGGUAUGAUGUUUGCCUUCAUCUACCUGGUACUGCAGAAGCGUCAGGUGUUGUCAGAGGGCAAAGGAGAGGCUCUCUUCCCUGCAAAGAUUUCCAACCUGCUCCUGUUCCUGUCUGUUGUUUCCUUCAUAACUUACUCAAUAUGGGCGAGCAACUGCAAAACCAAAACGGAGUGCAACGAGAUGCACCCUUACAUCUCUGUGGUCCAGAUUUUGGCCUUCAUCCUAAUCAGGAACAUUCCUGGCUAUGCCCGCUCUGUAUACAGCUCAUUUUUCUCAUGGUUUGGAAAGAUCUCCCUGGAGCUGUUCAUAUGUCAGUAUCACAUUUGGCUUGCGGCAGACACCAAGGGAAUCUUGGUCCUGAUCCCGGGGAGCCCAACACUCAACAUCUUGGUCAGCACCUUCAUCUUUGUUUGUGUCGCCCAUGAGGUUUCUCUCAUCACCAACGACCUGGCUCAGGUGGUCAUCCCCAAAGAUAGCAUGGCCCUGCUGAGGAGACUGGGGGCCGUGGCGGUCUUCAGUCUAAUUUUACUGCUGUUGAGCAGCGGUAACCGGCUCACACCUGGAACCUGAAGGAAACUUUAUGAUGGGAGGACUGGGCUGUGGUCUGGGCUCCUGCUGUGAAAACAACUAGUCAAACUCUAGAUUUUAUUUUCUAUUUCACGCUACUGUUGGCCACAUGAAGGAGUACUUCAGUCAGAUUGUUGGUGUUCUUGAUUGCUGUAAAAUAAUGCUCGGCAAGAAGGAUAUUUAAAAAGGAGGAAAAACUCUGAAAUGUUUACAUUACCUGCAUUCUAGAUUUGGAGACCUAAAACCACUUUCUCUAGGCUCAGGACGUCAUGCUCGCUGUGAACUUUGUAGCAGUUCUUCUGCUCAUGUUUAAGAUAAAGUUUGUUUAAUGAUUAUGCCCUUGUUCCUCUGAGGAUCUCUCCGUCCACACGGCACCAAACAUCACUAGCCUAUUUGGGGUCUUCUGCUUUAUUACAAAUAUUCUGAACAUCUUGUCACUGACACUUAAAGGUGUCGCUUGACUGCUCAAAAAGCUAUCGAGGCUUAAAUGAAAAGUUGUUGUGCAAUUGUAUAAAGUUUUGGGGAUAUACUGCCUCAUUGUUUUUUCUAUUGAAGCAAUGUUUGAGAUUAUUACGUUUGCAGAAAGGCGCUGUGGUCACCUGCUGUAGCUCAGAAACGACAUGCGACAUGUACAGUAUUUAAUGACUUUAAGCUUCUAUUUUAUAGUUUGGGCUUUGUUUUGUUCUUUGCGUCCAUAACUGCUGUUUGUGAAUUAUCGCAGAGAAUUUUGUACCCAUCCUACUUUCUCCUAGACGAGGUUGAGCCUUUCAGUCUAAUUACUGUGCGACCUAUUAGUGGCACACGUGUAAAUAUAUGUAUAUUUGUACGAUAGGACAGAUUUAUUUUGUACAGUCGUGUGUCUCUGUUCUUACAUUUAAAACAUGCCUCAUAAUAGCUGUGGUGGAAAACCUCACCAUGUUGCACAUAUUGUUCUACUAUAGAACAGAAACGUCUCUCCCUCAGCCUGUGACCUAGAAGACCAGAAGGUGAGGUGAUUUAAUAUAUUUGUUAAAUGUUUAGGGGAAGGCUUUUUUGAGAAAUGUUCCUUUUUCCUCCAUGGAGUUCUGCAUAUAGUAGAUGUUCAACUGUGUUAAUGUUUGGGCACUUAAAAUCAAGACCACUUGAGCAUUAAAAAACCACUUUGUGAUGCACUGAGAGAACUACUCUUACUGUUGCAGCAAUGAAAAUAUUGUUCUACAUGUCUGUUGCCAAGUGGGUCAUUGUCUCUAUGCCUGUUUUACUCAUUUGAGAGGGAGCACUUUUAUUUUAAGCCAUCGUUUUCUUUCCUAUUUUCAUCUCUAAGAUGAAAUCUAGAGUUUAGCAGAUUGUUUUGCUCAUAAGAAACUGAUUAUAUUAAAGUCGGUGUUGUGUCCAAAUUUUUGAGCUGCUUACCUUUUGGUUGUAAAACAUUGCGUGGCAAUCAUUUUCUAUUUAUGUAGUUUUCCUUUUUGGAGGAAAAUGAGGACAUUUUGUUUUUGUUAAAACACAAUCUACAGUUUUUGAGGCUGUGUUUUAGUUUAUACUCAAGGCCAACCUGCAAUUGCUACCUGCAGUCGGAACCUCGUAUAACUCGGAAUGGUAUUUACAUGCUACCAUUUCCCUUUGAUACACGUAUAAAGUUUACUGACCUCUUUUCUUUUAUUGACCAACAGCAAAGUGGUUAAUCUGGCCGUUGUUUCACGCCUUAAUUGAUCUGUUUGAUCGUGUGAAAGCAACAAAUGUUACAACCUUUUUAAAGGGCCUCCUCAAAUAUUACAUGUUUUUUUUGUGUUUGUGCGUGGUGUCUGACAAAGUGUGGAUGUGUCUUCAUAUUUAUAAAUGCCUUUAUUCUGUUGUACAUUGUUUUAAAAAAAGCCAUCUUGAUUAAAAAAAUGUUUUGGGUUU